AUGGCGAAAGCGAAGACAACAAGUCUUGACAUUCCCAGCGUCCCCUGGAAGCGCUCGGAAGAUCGCCCUUCGACGAAAGGACGAACACCUUUUUCUAACUUCAAACUUGACUUGCCCUUGACAUUUACUUCGCUUCGUGAAACUACGCUCAGUGAGACUCUUAAUUACAACUACGACUAUUCAUUAUUGUAUCACAACUGUCAACGGCAAGCUCAAGCUGUCGGCGAAUUCUUCGCGAACACACGCUUCACCCAUAUCUACGCCUCGGAUCUCCGUCGGGCUCAUGACACCGGCAAGGCCGUGCACUCUCGUCUCCAACAAGAUCCCAAACCUCCAUUUACAGUAACGCCCCUUGUAAGGGAGCAGAAUUUUGGUGUCGCCGAGGGGAACGCCUGGAUUGUGUCCAUCCCCGAGGGGUCGACUAGAGAAGAACAAUAUAGCCAAGGCGUCUACCCCGUUUUGUGGGAACGCCACGAAAAGUUCGAAGGGGGUGAAAGUUUGGAUGAUCUGGCGAGGAGGGCGGAGGAGGCGCUGAGGGAGUGUGUGUGGCCCCAUCUUGUUAGAGCUGUCGAAGGGGGUAACACGAGUGGCAGUGGUGGGGACUCAAGAGUCCAUAUCGCCAUUGCCAGUCAUGGAUUGGCUAUCUCCGAAAUGGUUUCGGCUGUGACGAGGCUGGAUCCCAAGUUGGACGCCUCCAAGACGUACAAGGGCUUGCUGAACACUGCUUGGGCUAGAGCUGAAGUUCGUGUAAGAGACGGUCAUUCAGGACCUAUAGACCUCCAGAAGCUUCCCCCUCUAGAAGUUAAGGUGACGCAUUUCAACGAGACCCAGCAUCUCAACGGAUUGCCCGAGGAACUCUCGGACGGAGAGGUGUCAGCGACCUCGGACGAGGCCAAAGCAUUCUUCGGUGGAGGUGGGGCCACAGCCGCUGUGCCGAAAGCCAAUGCUCGAGUCGAAGUUGAGAAGGCGGCCCACCUCGAUAAGGAUACUAACUACCGGAAGUCAAUGGAUGGAAAGACAUUCUACUAG